AUGUCAAACCCAAUUGAGAAACCCGCCUUGGAUACGAGGGAGUACGCACUGAUUCGCCUCCACUCCAACGACCUUCAAGUUCUACUUGUGUCUGAUCAACAAGCAUGCAAGGAGCGGGCAAUCUACCAGAAUAAUGGAGUGAAUGAUGCUCCGUUCGAGCAAGCAGGCGUUGCCCUCGAUGUUGCAGUUGGACAUAUGAGUGAUCCGGGGACAACUCCCCAUCCGUCGGAGAACGAGUAUAAGCGCUACAUCAAGCUUCACGGCGGUCUCACGAACGCAUCAACGAGCAGCAGUAAUACGACGUAUCACUUCAAAGUUCAAGUCCCAAAUGAUGAAGCAGAUAUCGGAUCACUAUCUAAAGGACCGCAACAAGUAACUGGAACACAAGGUGAUGUGUUGGAAAGUGCUAUCGAACGCUUUGCGGCUUUCUUCUACGCACCACUCUUCAGAGCUGACUGCGUUUCACGUGAGGUGAAUGCAGUCAACUCUGAGGGAUCAAAAAACCAGGCAAGUUCAGCAAUAUUAAAUGACAACUGUUUGGAUAACUUUGUCUUUAGCAAAUGGACUCCAGGAGGUUGUACCAGCUGUGGAAGCAUUCUAGUGACCCCACCCAUCCUUGGCGCAAAUUUGGAUGUGGUAGUCGAGUCAGACGACGUCGAUACCACGGAUGAAUUCAAGGGUCAAGAAGCGAGACGGCGGGUGAUGGAUUGGUGGGAGAAUCAUUACUGCGCCAGUCGUAUGAAGGUUGCUAUUGUAGGGCCUCAACCUAUCCAGCGGCUGAUUGACCUCACACUGUCCAAUUUUUCGCAUAUACCAAACCGAGGCUUAGGUUCACCGUUGAGCGUCUCAACGCCUCCUUGGUCAGGUGAUGGGGGGCCCAGACUUUACUACGUUCGAACGGUUAAAGACACUCAACGCCUGGAGAUUCGGUUUCCUAUCCCAUACCAAGAGCCGCUCUACAUGACCAAGCCGACACGUCUACUGAGUCAUAUCGUUGGUCACGAGGGUCCAGGUUCAAUCCUUCACUUCCUUCAUACGCACGCUCUUGCGACCAGCCUGUCCGCAGGCUUACACGCCCCAGGACGAGGAUUCUCCCUAUUCGGACUUGAUGUUGUAUUAACAAGGCGCGGACUGUUCGAGUACAAGAAAGUACUCUCCGUCAUCUUUCACUACCUCACGAUGGUUCUACCGAGAGUGAUCAACGAAAGACAUCAUUUCGACGAAGUUCGUCGCGUCGCUCAACUCAAAUUCGACUAUGCCGAGCCCUAUGCACCGGACACUUUUGCAAAGUCGCUCGCACAAGCCAUGAAUAACUCUUACUUGCAACGAUCGCACAUUGUAUCACAUGGAGUUCGCGAGUGGGAGCUGGACAAGAGUGCGGUUCAAGACGUUCUCGAGUGUUUAGUGCCCCAACGGGCAAGCGUAUUUGUUGCUGCGAGAAACUUCAAAGGAAUUGAAGCUGAAUUGGAUGAUGAGAGGUGGGAGACAGAGCCAUGGUAUGGCGCAGAGUUUCAGCGAGGUGAACUUGCCGUGAAUGCGCUACCGGUGCUUUCAGAAGAGGAGGCAAAGGAUCUCUUUCUGCCUGGUCCAAAUCCGUAUCUUCCAGAUACUUUGGACGUACAUAAAAGCUCCGCGACGCCGCUCACAGCACCAAGCGUAAUCAGGGAGACGACCCUCGCGAACGUUUGGUUCAAAAAAGAUGAUCAAUUUUGGCGACCGCGUGGCUCAGUCAGUAUCAAGAUCCAAAGUCCUGCUCUCAGCAAUAGUCUCGCACAGUAUGUGCAAUCAAUUGCAUACAUUGAGCUCGUUCUAGACGCUCUUCAAUCUCCUGCGUAUGCAGCCGAGUUGGCAGGGCUUGGUUACAGCGUAUCCCUGUCAAAAGAGGCCAUCUAUCUCACCGUUUCUGGAUACAACGACAAGCUCUUCGAGCUGCUAAAGCUAGUGCUCGGUCAGAUCACAUCAGUGGACGUCCAAGACACGCGAAUGAAUGUGAUAUUGGAGAGGCUUCGCAGGGCGUAUGACAAUGCGUAUAUCAAACAAUCUGGAGAGGUGUCGGACACGUUCCUGGCUUAUGGCAUCUCCGAGAAACUGUAUACAGCGCCCGAAAUUCGCAAGGAGCUCGAUUACGUCGACGUCCCGGCCAUUGAGAUGCAUCGUAAACGGCUUCUCGAGAAGUUGAAACUGACGAUGCUGGUGCAUGGAAAUAUCGAACGGCAGGUCGCCUUGGAUUGGUCAGCCCAAAUCGAGACAAGUUUCAAGGCAAGAUCCGUCUCAAUAUCAGAAUGUAAUCCAAAUCGUAUACUGCUUCUCCCUGAAGGCUGUAAUUAUGCCCUUUCUGGUUCUGUUCCCAAUCCCAAAGAGCCGAAUUGUGCCAUUUCGUACUACUGUCAUGCAGGCUGGAUGACAGAUGGACAAACGCGUGCCCUGGUCGCGCUCCUGGGGACAAUGCUCAAUGAGCCAUUCUUUCACAUCAUGCGCACGCAGGAGCAGUUAGGGUAUAGUGUUUCUUGCGUGCCAUGGGCGAAUACCGUAAGCACGGGAUUACGCUUUCGUGUGCAGUCGACGCGGCAUCCCGACUAUUUGGAGACUCGAAUCGACGCAUUCAUCGACUCAUAUCUUCGGACACUCUGUGAUAUGUCUCAGGAGCAAUUUGGGCGACACAAGAAAGGGGUUGUCGAAAAGAUGCGAAAGCGAUUGGUCAACCUCGGCGAGGAGCAAAGUCGAUUCUGGUCGCAUAUCGACAAGAAUGAUCUACGAUUUGAUCAAGCCGAACAAGAUGCUCAGCGUAUUGAAGAAUUGGAUCUCCCGACAGUCAUUCGAUUCUAUGAACACUAUAUUCAUCCCUCUUCCAUGACGCGCCGCAAGCUUUCUGUGCGGUUGACCGCGCAGACUGGUGACUGUGCUGGGGCGGGGGACAUCUCGGCCAUCCCUCACGACUCUGAGGGCAAACCUGAUGCUGUCACCGGCAUCAAAUUCAAAUCUGUCGGGGCUUCUGUCUGGAAUAUGAUUGACCGAGCGUGUCCUUGGUUGACAGCGCACUUUCUGGAAUAUGAAUAUCUGUCGUUUGAGCUUCUUUUUCUCUUCAUUUUCUUCGUCACGGCACCCAUCCUUCGUGCAUUGUUCUUCGUGGUCUCCGUCUUUCGCCUCGACGAUUUCAUCAUGUCGAUUCCAGACCGCGACGACUUUGACCAGUGGCUGCCGACUGACCAUUCGUACCUCACUACCGUUCUCGCUACUACAGUCUUCAAGUGCAUCUUGCAGGGCGUCUUGCUCGCCGAGACACACCGAUACUUCUCGCUUACGCAGGCGUCGCGGGAUGGCCUUGCAGUUCGCGUCUUUGUGGGCGGUGUCAUGCUACUCGUCUUGAUUCACACUGGAGUGGCUACCGCAAAGGUCUACUACGUUGCCAUUGAACGUGUCUUCUGGAGAGAACAUUGGCUAAACAUUUUCGAUACAGCCAUGAAUGCCACGAUUUGUUUGUCAGCACAAACUUUCUUUGCACACCGUUGCUGGAAUGUGACACGCAAGUCCAGUGGGGUCACCGUGAUUAUCAUCCUUCUUCUCUCCGCCAUCACUACAAGUACCUUUGGAGUUGUCAUCACCGAAGGAAUAUCUUUCCAUCGUAGUACAAUCUAUGCACAUACGCUACGAAUAUUUCUCUACAUGUGGGGCGUUUCGUCCGCCUUGCUCGAGGUCCUCAUCGUUAGCAUCCUUUUCAAGUUUCUCUGGUCGUCUAGAACGGGAAUACAUGGGCUCGACCGAGUGAUUGUCCGUCUGCUCGCCAUCUCGCUCGAGAGCUCCCUUCCGUGCCUCGUGUUCGUACUCCUCCUCGGCCUUGCGGUUCUUAUCCGAAGCGUAUCCUGCAACUUUUUCGCAUACUCGACCGCUUCCUUGUAUGGCCUCUCUCUCAUCGUAUCUCUCAAUGGCCGCCACAAGGUUCAAGCUCGCCUUUCCGAAUACCGUCUUCAAGGUGCAUUCUUGCACGUGUCCGAGCUUCAAACUGUCGGUAUGACCGAGUCCCAAAUCUUCUCAGACGAGGCAAUUGCCAUGCGCCGCGCUAGCGCUCCCGUCGGAGUCGUUCAAGCGCAGAAGGGACGCCGAGCUUCCAUCAUGUCGGUCGUCAAAGAGGUCGUGCGCGGCCCACCUCCGACGGCAAAGCUUGACCUCUGA